GGCGAUAAGAUUGAUACUAGCGGCGCCUAGCUCUUUCGAGACUGCCCUCAAUGGCUCACUUCCUACGCGGCAAGCAGGCAGGCAUCCAGAAGGAUCUCUCCGAGAGCCUAUCGCCUACACUCUUCACACUCGAUGAGUAUACCCGAUAUGGCAUUAACUCCCGCAUCUCCGCCAUCGCCUACGAUCCCGUCCAGUCCCUGCUGGCAGUUGGAACCAGUGAUACACAGUUUGGAAGCGGACAAAUCUACGUCUUUGGCCAACGGCGGGUUUCCGUCAUUUUUAGUCUACCGCGCAAAGCGUCUGCAAAGUUUUUACACUUCUGCGCUGAUAAGCUCGUCAGCGUUGAUUCCAAGAGUGAGCUUUCUAUCUUCUCAUUAGAGACGAAGAAGACACUGGUUUCAUAUGCCCCCCCAAGCCAUGUAUCUGCGGUAGCGGUUGAUCCUAGUAUUGAUUACGUGGUUCUCGGCCUUCAAAAUGGGGAGAUAAUUGCCUACGAUAUGGACAGAGAAUGCCUUACACCAUUCAGACUACCGAACUUAUGGCUCGAAAAGAAUCCCCGGGUGAGGAUGGCUCCUGUCGUAUCUUUAGCCUUUGCACCGCGGGAUAUUGGAAAACUGUUGAUUGGUUAUCCGGAAGGAGCAGUCAUAUUUUCCAUUAAACAGAAUAUUCCUCAGAACUUCUUCGAAUACGAAAUUCCUGCAGGUGCUCCUGGUGGUGACUCGGACCCAACUCUAUCUCGUAUCCCACGGAAACCCAAAUUGACCCAAGCCUUGUGGCAUCCCACAAACACUUUCAUUCUUACGGUACACGAAGAUACGAGCUUAGUCUUUUGGGAUGCAAAAGAUGGACGCCGGGUCAUGGCACGAACUAUCGAGGACGUCAACAUCGACAAACCAGGAUCUCGCGCAGAGAAUCCAACUUCUCCCCGUGGUACUUGCAGUGUCAAGGACCCGAUCUUUCAGGUCGCCUGGUGCGCCAAGGAGAAUCCAGAUAAUACAGGGUUGUUGAUUGCGGGCGGCCAUCCAUCCAACGAGAGGCAGAAAGGACUCACAUUUCUAGAUCUAGGGCCCACUCCUGUUUAUCAGACCUCCUCGUGGCAAAUAUUGUCCAGCUACUUUGAAAAUCCUAAGGGUCGUUUCACUCUACAAACUCCACCUGGGGCGGAGGUUGUCGACUUCUGUUUAAUACCCCGUGCUUCCCCGUUCUUCGGCGGUGCUCAAGAUCCAAUCGCUGUUAUUGCUCUUCUAUCUACAGGCGAAAUUGUGACUCUCAGUUUCCCCAAUGGACACCCGAUUUCUCCAACAAAUAUGCUGCAUAUAUCAUUAUCAUUCGUACAUCCUUUCGUUACCAAAGCGAUUUUGACACCUGUUAGCCGGAACAAUUGGCUUGGACUGAAGGAAAAGAGGGGUCAAGGCCCGAAAUUCCUUAUGGGAGGUGCUGAGGGCAAGAAAGCUCUGAAACGAUUUGAAGACCGCAAUAUUGCUGUCACUGCACAUGCAGAUGGAGUUGUGCGACUAUGGGAUGCAGGGCACGAUGACGAGAUUGAGAACGGGGAUGUCAUUCAAGUCGAUCUUACGCGUGCUAUCGCACGCAACGUUAACACUCAGGUCUCUCAAAUGUCAUUCUCCGGUGCAUCUGGCGAGCUAUCCGUGGGCCUUCGCAGUGGAGAAGUAGUCAUUUUCCGCUGGGGUAAAAACCAGCAUGCCGGACACGAACAGGCCCCAGGUGCGAACGCGGGACCAGGCAAAAUCACAAACAUAAUUCACCGAACCGAUCCAAAUUUGAGGGAUGGAUUACUCCCGCUCAUUCUUUUAGAGAUGCAAAACGGACCUGUGACGGCUCUCAAGCAUAGCGAUGUUGGAUUUGUCUGUGCCGGCUUCGAGGAAGGUCAACUGGUGUUCAUCGAUCUGCGUGGCCCAGCGAUUAUCCACAAUGCUGACAUCCGUAACUUCCUCAAGGCAAGUAAUAGGCGCGGGAGCAUUCGUAAGAGCCGCACGGGGGACAGUGCUCCUUUAGAGUGGCCAACUAGCAUUGAAUUUGGCGUUUUGACACUAGAUGGUGAAGAUUAUUCAAGUAUUUGCUGCUUCGUCGGCACAAACCGUGGAAACCUUGCUACAUUUAAGAUAUUGCCAUCGAAUAGUGGCACAUAUUCUGUGUCAUUUGUUGGCUUUACUACUCUCGACGAUACAGUUAUUGGAAUCUUCCCAAUCAACGCUGAUUCUGGGGAACUUGCGUUAGCAACCCAAAUGGCUGUUUCGGGUCUUCGAAAUGGUGCCAAAAUCAACGGGGUGGUCAUCGCAGUAACCUCAUCGGAUUGCAGGGUUUUCAAACCGGCAACCAGCAAAGGUGCUUCUAAGUCAUGGGGUGAUUUUCUCUGCGACUCCGCCGGCUUUGUAAAGACAGAAGGUCGAGGCUACAGCCUUGUUGGCUUGUUCGGAGACGGCAAUGUUCGCGCCUAUUCAAUUCCAGGUCUGAAAGAAAUUGGUUGUACCACAAUUAGUAAUAUCUUGGAUGUGCAGCGCUUCUCAGAGGCAAUGAUUUCUCCUUCUGGGGAUGUCAUUGGCUGGACUGGGCCAUCAGAAGUUGCAAUUGUCAAUGUCUGGGGUUCUGGUACUCCUAUUCUACCUCCAGAUGAUAAGCUUUUCAAUCCAGAUGCCAUGCUUCCUCCCAGACCUACGAUAUCCAACUUCCAAUGGAUAUCCGGUACCCAAUACGUGUCACCCGCAGACAUGGACCUACUAAUCGGUGGACCUGACCGCCCAAUGUCAAAACGAAUGAUGGAGCAAAUGAAGUAUGAGGAACUCGAACGCCGCAAAGAAGGACGACAAGGACGCUCUGUCCCUCCGUCUUCUAAAGAUGAUGAAGGCUACUGGGCAUACAUGCAACGCCAGGUUCAAGAAAGAACAGAGCGGCUUGGAAUCAUGGGCGACAGCAUGGAUAGACUUGAAGAGAACAGUAGUAAUUGGGCAAAUGAUGUUAGCAAUUUCGUCUCGAAGCAAAAACGAAAAGCUGUUCUUGGUGCACUGGGAUCAAAAUUCGGGUUCUAGUACGAUCAAUUCUACCCCCAUAUUGUUUCUUAUCCCCACAAUACUGUAUAUGAUACCCAUGAAAUUUUAUUAUGACCUUACAGAUUUGACCCAGCACUGGAAUAAGGAUCUCCUGAGGACCCUAUGCCAUUCUCAGUAUCUUCAUGCUAUUCCAAGGUUCCAAGGUUUGUAAGAUGUUUCGCCAUAAUUAUUUUCACAUCCUCGCCUCUUUAUACACGAUAUUUAUAUACCUAGAUAGUAUCUACCUUUGAAGCACGGUAUGUAAGUAGACCAUCGAACCUAGCAACGGUCAA